AAAAGAAGCAUUUUCGCAUAUCGACCGAAAACUGAUACCGGAGAUCUAAUGGCGCUGGAAUGGGUUGUGCUAGGGUACGCUGCGGCUGCAGAGGCGAUAAUGGUGUUGCUGCUGACGAUCCCGGGGCUUGACGGGCUUCGUAAGGGGCUGAUCGCGGUGACUCGGAACCUGCUGAAGCCGUUCCUGUCGGUGGUGCCGUUUUGUCUGUUCCUUCUGAUGGAUAUUUACUGGAAGUACGAGACAAGGCCAAGUUGCGAGGGAGAUUCGUGCACGCCGACGGAGCACCUUCGCCACCAGAAAUCGAUCAUGAAGAGUCAGCGCAACGCCCUCCUCAUCGGCGCCGCUCUCCUCUUCUAUUGGCUCCUCUACUCCGUCACCAAUCUCGUCGUCAGGAUCGAGACGUUGAACCAGCGUCUCGAACGCUUGAAGAAUCGUGACUGAUGCGUCCCAGAUAAGUCUACCGUUUUGUGUUUCCAGAUAUAAAUUUCAGUCUUUGUUUUUGUGUUAGGAAGGUUCUGUUUUUUUUUUAGAUCAAUGUUUGAAUCCUGACGAUUAUUGGAUUAAUCGUUGUUUUGUUAUUUCUGUGCUAUUCGAACUUAUACGAUAUGAUUGUUGAGAAUAGGGUUCCUUUUUGGGAUUUUCUCAUUACUGCCGUAUUUGAGAAAGCAAAACAGGUUGGAUGUUACAAUUUCUAUCAAUUCCUUUUUUUUUUCCCCAAAAGAAUGUUUGA